GGCCGGCCAUGAGUGCUUCAGGCACUACCUCUAGUCAGGCGAGCUCUGGGGGACCCAUGAAAUCCUCUGCCAUCAACUUCCCCUUCUGUCCAGAGAUUGGAAAGUAUGAGCGGUUGGCCAAAGUUGGCCAGGGAACUUUUGGGAGGUGUUUAAAGCUCGCAAUAGGAGGACAAAUGCACUCGUAGCUCUUAAGAAAGUGCGGAUGGAGAAUGAGACUGAAGGGUUUCCCAUGACUGCACUGAGGGAGAUACGGAUACUACAACUGCUCGACCAUGAGAACAUCGUGUCCCUUAUUGAGAUCUGUAGGACCAAAGCGACUCCGUACAACAGAGAGAGAGGGAGCAUUUACCUCGUGUUUGAAUUCUGUGCCCACGAUCUAGCCGGCCUCCUAAGUUGUGAAGAUGUCAAAUUCUCCUUGGCAGAGAUAAAAUCGAUCCAAUCAUGCAGGGAGACAUCUGGCCAAGCUGUGACAAGUUGGAUCUGUACACAAAAUUGGAGCUGCCUAAAGAGUGUCAGACAUCCAGGAGGUGGUGGAUAGGUUCCUGAACCAGGGGGACACUAAGAGACAUUUGGAGCAGCUGAGAGAGGAGAACACUAAGGUGGUGUCACGGCUCAAGGAGGAGAGGGAGAAGCUGCAGGCACAGUUUGAGGACCUCAAGUACUCGGGAGAGGCAAAGAUGUCUACUGGUCAGCGUAUGCUGGAGGAGUUCUAAGGUCACCUUGACGAUGCCAAGAGGAAGUGUGCUGAGAGUGAGAGUAAAACCAAGAGUGCCAAUAAACUUUUGGGACAGGUCAACAACGGAGUGGAGCAUCUCACAGAGAAGAUGCAGCACAUCAAAGCACCUCACUCUCAUGCCCUGAAGCCCAAGCUGUCCCCUGGCAGUGAGGAGUAUGUGAUCGAACAGCUGAGCAGUGUGGAGGGCAAGUUAGUGAGUCUAGCGGAGGAGCUCUCUAGUAGGGACCUGGACACUGUCCACAAGGAGAUGGAGGACGAGGAGUUCCGCCAUGUUGUCGAGGGCGGUAUGGCUGGCAAUGUGAAGGUGGACCUGCCAAAGAUGGGCUCACGACAAAUGUUCUAUGACGAGGACAGUGGUAGCGAUGAGGAGUUUGUGAGCAGAGAUCUCAUGAAGAAAACAACCACUGCUCUAGUGGAGUCUAAGACAAAGGCUAAACCUCAGGACGAUGACGAUGAGGCUGAUGCUAAGAAGAAAAGAAAGAGAUGAACUUACUAACUCAACAUGGGACACUCGGACUGUUUAAUUAUUGAUUAUGUAUACAGUUUAUAAAUUCCUUUGUUAACGUAACUCUCUUAUCUGUAUACAUGACUGUGGUUCUAACCAAGAAUGCUAUAAUAUUAUAAUUA